CCUGUGUCUAAGUCAAGAACUCCCUGUCAGAGCACAAGGCGGCCUGAGAGGCACCAAGGACUGAGAGGAUGGGGAACUCUCUGCUGAGGCAAAACAGGUGGCAGCAGACCACUCAAGAGACACCCUGGAAUCUGGGGGAUCAAAACCGCAAACAGAGAACAUCCAGAUGCUGGGACUGCCACAUGGCUGAAGAGUGUUUCUGCCUUCCGUGGAAAAGAAUAGACAUUUUUAAAGCAAGGCAAGAUUCUCAGAAGGAAAAUAAAGGAACGGCAUCCACUCCCAUCCAGCAGGACCAUGUUGACCACAACUCCUCGGAGGAGCUGUGCUACUCCCUCAUCAAUCACAGCGUCCUCAGGAGAAGGCCAUCAGAGAAGUCUGCUGAGGGGUGGUAUGAGAACAUUUCCGGGGAGGCCGAGACACCCAGAGAGGCCUCAGGAGGAACAGAGACGGAGUACUCACUUGUCCACGUGCCUCCCACCCCUAGGCAUCCACCUUCCGCAGAAGACGAAUAUGAACUUCUCAUGCCCAGAGUCUCCUCUCACUCCCUGCACCAACCACGUCCCCUUAGGCUCCCUCCUGAGAAUCAGUUUGUGCAUUUAUAAUGAAGUGAUUGGACCAGCAUUUGCUUAACACCAGCAAAUAAAAGCUGGGGGUGGGGGCUCUGGUUAAAGCAGGCAUGGGGCACAAAGUCUUUCUGGCUGACCUCCCCCUGCCUAACAGCCCCUUCUACAGGGGGCUCGGCAGAACAUGGUUUACAAACCACAGGGCCUCUCAGAUCCUGCUCAACAUCCAACAUCAAAAGAUUAACCAACCAUCUUCAACACCACUCUUUGAGAAGGGACUGGCCAUUAUUGCUUGUAAGUGGCUUUGGAAAUGGACUGCUUUACUCAGUGGCAGGAGGGGGGCUCCCUGGUCCCCUAUAGCUAUGCACAUCACAAAGGCUCUGCUUCUCCGUCUGGGUUCUUCUCAUAAAAUGUCCAUAUGAUUGCCCUCUGAAGUCGCAGAAGCUUUAGCCAUCAUAUUAAGUGUACCCAGGGGGAGUCCACUUGCUCCACAAGUGUUUGUGGGGCCAACUCCUCACUCGCAGGCUUCUAGGCAGAUGCCUGUGCAAUCCUUUCACUCCAUGCCUCUAAAUGGUGUCCUUUGCAUAGUGUCCUUUGACUCGUCAGCCCUGGUGGCUUGGUUGGUUUCAUGAGUUGAAUCAGUAAGGUCCAGGCCAGGUUUUUAUAUAAUUUUUAAUACAAUUUUAAUCCUUAUUUUUUAAUCUUGUAUUUUUCCCUAGAAAUCUUAAGAAGAAAAUCAUAGCUUCAGAGACUGAUAGAGAGUCCUUUGGCAAUCCUCUAAUCCCACUUUCCUUUUUUGGCUCCGGGAGGAUAAUAAGCCCAACGUGAUGUUGUAAGUUACUGGCAGAACUUUAUCCAGAGGCUGAUUUCUUGGCUUCGAAUUCAGUGCUCUUCCAACAUACUACAUAGACAAGCCUUUGCUGUAUGCUGCAUGUGUGUAUUAACACGUCAUUUAUAAAACAUGAGUAAAAUGUCCACAUUGGAAAAAUAACACACACAUGCACAGACUCCUUCACUCAUGAGUAUUUCUCUGUAUGCCCUGAUUAUUUAUUUUCCCUCAUCUUUUCUUCCUUGUUCCUAGAAUUAUGUCUAGGAUAUAAUAUCCUAAAAUAGGGAUCAGCAAACUAUAGCCCACAGGCCAAAUCUGACCCUCUGCUUGUUUUUAUAAAUAAAAUGUUAUUGGAAUACAGCCCCGCUCACUUGUUUACAGGCUCUCUGGCUGCUCAACCACCGGAGAGUUCAGCAGUGGUGAUAUACACUAUGGGUCCUGUAAAUACACAAAUAUUUAUUUGGGGGCUCAUUUCAGAAAAAGAAGUUUGUACACCCCCACCCUAAACCAUCAUACUUGGAGAUAAACUUAACAGAAAUGUGUUUGGGUAUUGAUGUAACUCAUAAGAGCUGGUACCAAUAAAAUGGUAUGAAAAUUUUAAACCACAAAUUAGAUGAGACCAAGGAUUAGCAAAUUAGACUAUUUCUAUACCCACACCUGUGUUCUCAACUUCCUGUUUUGUUGAACCCAUGGCCAUUAUAUUAAUUUUAGGGAUGUUAAAAUAGUAAGAGGUUUGUUGACAAGCAGUAGAUGUAUUAUGUGUUUAAUUGCUGUUUUGUUCCCCAAACUAACCAAAGUUAAAUAACUUUGCUAUAUAAAAUGUGCCAAGCGCCCAUUGAGGAUAAAUCAGUGACUUGAGGAUGGAUGCAUCACACAGGUUUGCUGAGACUUCAGGCAGUUGGUCUUCAACCAAAGAACCAAGCACAUCUUGGUAUCGUGUCCUCUGCUAACUUCCUGUUUUUAGCCAAAUUCUUUCACAAGGGACCCUCACUUUGACCCUUGGCCAGGAUUCACUUUAGGGAAACAAUGUGACACCAGAGUCAGAUCAGCGGUGAUUCAAAGCCUGGUUGUGUCUCUUCCUCCCUCUGUGACCUUGAGCAGGUGACAUGAAGGCCCAGCCUUUUCCCCCAUGAACGGGAGGAUUACAUCUAAUGUAUGUAAAUCAUCCAUCACAGACCUUGAAUAAAUGAUAGCAAAGAGCAAAAGGGAACAGAAAUCUUUAUGAUGUAUGGAGAAAAACAUGUGCUGAUGUGCCUGGUGAUCCGGGGUUACCCAGCAGUCUUCCAGUGAGACAGAAACACGGAACGCUAGGCGCUAGGCUGGAAUUGUCCACUCAGACACCGGACCAUCGCGGAAACUGGUUGGUUUAAAUACUCUCAGUACAACCUAAUAAGUUAUACCUGUUUGACUCUUAUCACGUGAAAGUAUUACCUGUCUCAAAUAGUACAUGCCUUUUAGCAGGAACAUAUUAAAUAUAAAUGCUUAACCAAAGAAAGUUGUUCUGAUAAUGAAAUUUAGAGGGAUCAUGGAAGGGAAUUAUUUGCGAGCGGGAGAGCCCUCUGAGAGUGCUUUGAACUACCUAAUAUGUCUGUAGAUAGCGGUGAUCCCGUUUUCCAUAGAUUUCAGGAUUUCUGAUGAAAGCUGUGCACCCUCUUCACAGAAAGUGUACAUUCUCUCACACACACACACAACACAUUUGUAUGCAAUUUCAAGGGGUUCGGGAUGCAACCCCUCAGCUAAAGAUUUCUGUUCUUAAUAAAAAAAAAAAAAAUGAAGCUGAGGAUGUAAAUUGUCCCCUCAAGCCACAAGUAUAAUCAGAAAACCCCCGUUCCCAUGCUGGUCAUAAACCUGUAAGUAGCCAAAGUUCACAGAGGUACAUUUUAUGCAGCAACUGCAGUCCCUGUGGUUUCCGUUUUAUGUUCACACUAGUAAAUACAUCUAUAAAUAAUCCCUUAGUCUAUGAGUAAAUUCUUAUUUAGAAUACAAGAUAGGCACAAAAAAAGGGCAAAGAUAGGUCAGGAAAAACUACCGUUGACAACAAAUAAAUUCAAAUGCUGAUGUUUUGAGGACAACUUUGGGUGACAGGUGCUUCAAAUAUUCUCAGGGAUGGAAGGGCACAGGCAGAGCAGGAGAGAGGAGUCCCCAGAACUCCACACGAGCCGUCAGAGAAAGGGGAUUCUGUUUACGUUUAUCUGACUCUUCUUUUCCAAGCCAGCUUCUUCUGUUCAGAAAGCAACUUGAAAGCCACUUGAUCUGAGGGCACCUCAGUUCCACCAACUGUGAAAUGGAUCAGCGUAAGUCCCUCCCACUUUCCUGCAGAGGGUUCUUUGCAAGGCACUUGGAAGCAUUGAGUGGGCAUUAUCAUCCCAGAGAGUCUUCUAGGUCUGAUGAUCACACUUCUCAACUCAUCUUUUCCCCCUCACCACUUGUGCUCCUUGUGGAUUCCCAGAUAUCAGCCAAACCUGAACUGAGCAUGACCCUGGGAUGCCCAUCAGGGUUGGAGGCCAUUGACGGUGUGUGGUUGUCCAGUGGGCUGAGCUUUACUCCCCAAAACUGUGGAACUCUGAGCUUGCCCUUCCACCUUUCCAGACCUUGGUUUCCUAAGUAUAAGGUGAGGGGACUGCCUUCUAACCCUAAGAGUAUAUGAGCUCUAACGAUAAAGGAAAGAUUAAAGGAUGUCUGUAGAUACGGCUGCCAGCUACGCAGCAAUAGUGUGAAUUAACUUAUUUUAAAGCAAUGAAACAGUAAUGGGAACACAGAAGAGAAGAUUUAGAUUUCUCCUGUUUUUCUCUGUGCUGAUCAGACUCUGAAUAGGGCAGGAGUCUAUGUCCAGAGUCCACACCUAGAAGGGAAAGGCGAGAACAUGCACCUCACCCAAAUAAAACACAAAUGUGUGUGAAGGAGGACAAAUCUGCUUAUCCAAAUCCCACCAUUGCUUCUGGGUUCAGCUUGAGUCCUGCUUCCUAGGCAAAGCCUUCAUCAAUUAAACUGUACUGACCACUCUUUUAAGUAUCUCACAGACAUUUGUUGAAACCUGAUUACGCACCAGGUGUUACACUCGUCAUUAAGAUGUGUGAUGACCCAUAAAUUCAUCUCCUCCAGCAGAACAGUGUAUAUGGAAGUGCCAUUUUUUCCAAACACCUCAAAAUGCUUCAGGCACAAAGUUCAGGUCUUUACACACCCCUUGGGCCAAAGAAUCAAACCCAUGGAAAAUCCUCUCUAUGACUCACAAGUGGUCAAAACCCAAGACAAGAUCGGUGCAUCUUGGUGCUUUCCAAAAGAGAAGGGCAGAUCAAGACCACACCCUGUCCUGUGUCCAGAUGUGAGCCGGCCCUUCCUUCUAGCCCCAGGCCCUUUGGACACCUGGUCCUGCCAGAGGGCCUGGGAGGAAGUGGACAGGACCAA